UAUAAAUUGAUUUCUCUGAUAAAGACAUUCUCAGCAGGAGACGACGCGCAGCGUUCAUGGUGAUGUACGUACAAUUAUUAUAUAUGUUAGGAUAGUAGUAACAAGCAAUCUAUUUAAACACUUUAUGAGACGUGUUGAAAAAAAGAAUGGUUGAUGUAGUCUGGAGCAAAAAUGGUGCUAAAAACUUUGUUGGUUGAUGAGCUUGCUGCUGCCCAUGUCCCGAAGCGAGGGUCGUAAUGCGGUGACAACGCUCAAGGUUGGCAAGUUGGAAUUAGAUGGAGGGGAAUAGAUGAAACGGGGCGUCAAAAAGUUGGGACUGGGAGAAAGAAGUUCGUUGAACUUAGUUACUACCCUGAUAGAGCAGUAUCAGGAACGAAGAUGCAGCACGACACGUCUUCAAGUAGAAAGAACAACAGGGAAAGUAGUAGUAGAGCAUAUUAACAGUAACAACCUAAGUAGGAGUAGGGGAGCACAUUCAUAGCCCAGGAGCAUGAGAUGAGCCAACGUGACACAGAAGCUGGAGACAGGGUUUUAGUAGUCCCUUAGUCAUGGAAGCAAGGUGACCCAAACAAGAAGAACAGUUUCUUAGUUGUUUGUAGGCGGCCACUGACAGACUAACGACGAGGACAUCGAGAGCAACAACUACUCACCUUUUUCUCCUGCGCACUCUCUCAGACAAGCACAAGUCCUCUAAGUACAACUACCUAGAACAAGUGGUAAAAGACGAGAAGUCAUCGGUCUCAGCGAUAACAAGGACCAGGCUAAAAGAUCACUAUACCAGCAGCAGCCAGGCGAAAAGGUACAAGAGCAGAGGAGAAUCUUGAGAACACUGGAACGAAGCUAGAGGACUACGACGACGACUAGUAGAAGCUUCACUUCCGCGAGCUUUAGUACACGCACUGCUUCUUCCCGGAGGCUCGAACUUCAGCAAUUGCUUCCUUUGAGAAAUAAAGUCACAUCAUCUUGUUCAAUCCUUGUUUCAGAAGUAGAAGCGCAGGAGCUUGUUCAACAAGAUGGAUCAAGCUGUUUUAUCUGGCGUCUUAUCGACGCUGGAGUUGUCUAACCAGCAUGACAAUGCGGCCCAGCGACAAGCUGCUGAGAGAUUUCAGCAAUUGACGCAGAGGAAGGACUUCAUUCUUUACCUGAUCUACAUAUUCCAGGACAAGCAACAGUCCGAAAUGAUUCGGCAACGAGCGGGCCUGAGUCUGAAGCAGGUCUUUCGUCAAGCAGGCGAUAAUAUUUUCCAACUUUUUGAUUAUGGCCCUUGGAUGAACAAAAAAUAGAUGAUCAACAUAAUUAGCUGUGAGUUGAGUGCCUACUACUUAUGUAGAAGUAGAAGAGUAAUUUUUUUAUCAACAUUUUUAUCAUAGAGAAUUUUUUUUUGUUGUUGAAGGUCCACUUGCUUCUCAACAUAAGUAGAAAUUUACCCUGAGUACCUACAACCUCUACAACUUGCUCUUUUAGUACCUACGACAACGGGUUGUACGAGACGACUUUUCUCAACAUUACAAGUAGAAUUGAAGUAGUACUAUGAGUCUAGAGAUUAGAUAUCCUUUUCCUUAUAGUGCUUUUGCAAGAAUUGAAGUAGUACUAUGAGUCUAGAGAUUAGAUAUCCUUUUCCUUAUAGUGCUUGUUUAGAUAUCCUUUUCCUUAUAGUCCUUUGUUAGUUUCUAAUUUUGUCCAGUCCACAUUAAGACCGUGCGGGAUCAGCUAGUGGAGACGGUGCAGGAUACUUCCCGCGUGAUCAGAGAGACCUCUGGCAACGUUUUGACCUUCAUCAUUCAGAAGACGCAUUUGCCUAAUAAUUUCGAUGCCAUCGAGAAACUGACGGAUGGACUCAAGAUAGGAACGUCACCCGCUAGCAGUUCGAGAGCAUCCUCAGUGGAGCGGUUAGACGGGAGUUUCUCUUGCCUCACGAAAAUUUGCGAGGACGCCUGUGACGUAAUGAAGAAGGAGUCACUACACCACGUGCCACAACCUCUUAUGUGAAAAUGAUUACAUUCAGACUUUGUCUCUACGGGUGUUAGGAAUGACAGUUGCAUACACAUGCCUUGUUUUAACUGUGAGUGUAGUAGUUAUGGUUUACAAGCUUCAAAUGAUAACCAGCUGUUUCUUUGUUUUAACUGUGAGAAUAGAGGCACGUAAAAAUCACGAACUAGAGGAUUACUAUACAGAGUAGAAUAAGAUAGAAGGUCUUUCUCUUUGUUCGCGCAUGAUCAUGGUUUUUUAGAACAAUCGGGUAGUUUUCACUCUUUCUUGUAGAAGGAUGCAUCCCUUCCAUCCAUAAGAUACAAGUUACAAAGAUAGUAAAGUUCUCACAAGUUCUCACAAGUUCUCACAAGGUACAAAAUAUCUUUUGUUUUUUGUUAGAAAGAUCGUUUCUUGAAUUCUAAGGCUCUCGAGAUAUCGAUAUAAUUAUGCCUUGGUCUUCUAAUCUCUCCAUGGGUGGCUUAGUAGGUGCUCCUCCUGACAUACCAGAGGCUCAGAGGAAGUUUCUCGAAUUUGCGGCAGUUAAACUGCUUCCUACAGUCUUCACAUUCGGAACCCUAGAGGCGCCACUCGUCUGUCGCCAAUAUGCAGUGCAAUUGUCGAACCAUUUCGCCUUGGCAGGAAUGCUAGAGGAUCCGCCAUAUGAUACUUUAUGAGAAUAGGACAAUAUUAGGAUAAGCAGUUAGAUUGCGACAGCAGACAAGAACUGUGGCUGCUAGAAAAAGUGGAUAAAACCGGUAUUGUAUGUACCUCUCCUUCGGAGGUACUAUGAUACUGGGUCCCCUCAAAAGUAGACAGUGAUAGCUACAAAAGAGGUACCACGACAUGACAUGACUGCAUAGGAUACCAUAAUAGGAUAUUUUUUUUACAACGCGUACUCUCAGGGAUUACUUUUUAUGUGACGUACCUCGACGUGAUGUUGAUACUAGACUGUCCUUCUCAUGAUUAUAGGUCUUCUCUAAUCCACUGGCUUGGGAAUUUGUUGCCAUCGUAUUUGCAGAUGAUAGAGAGGUUGGCGCAAGACGAGGACGUAGAAGUGCUACGAGGCGUUGUAAAGGGGAUGUCAUAUCUCCUGAAUGGAGACAAGGGUACUCCCUGCUCUCCCUUUUAGUUACUUCAUCUCAAACAAUUUUCCAACUUCUUCUUCAUACUGCUCUAUUUUGUAACCACGUAGCAGGAGAUGAUGUCAACAAAAGUAGAUUUCGUCUACAGUGUUGGCGCAAAAAAAACAAACACAAACAACACUCCAAAGGAAAACAAAUACAAACCCUUAAUCUCUAUGGCAUGGUCUAACUAAAGCCCCAAUUAUUAUUUUUUAACCAUGCCAUAAUUGCGCAAAAAAAACAAACACAAACAACACUCCAAAGGAAAACAAAUACAAACAAUAUCUACCUAUGGCAUGGUCUAACUAAAGCCAAAAUAAUUUUUUAACCAAAACAUCAUAUUUCCAACUAACCUGAGGUUACAAACUCAUCGGUGCAGAGAACGCAAGCACCGUGCUGAGUUUUAUGCUACGACAUUCUCAGAAUGCAGACGAAAAAAUUCGCCUGGACGCCUGUGACUUCUGGUCCAACGCUGUCCGGAUGCCGGCUUAUUAUGAAGGUACUGCCAGACUCGGUUGUCAUUUGCUUCCUUGUGAUGAACGUAGAAUUCAUUUGCUUCCUUGUUAUGAAAGUAGAAUUAGACCUAUUAUAGUUGUUUGUUUGUUUUGAUGCGCUCCGGGCGACGCGUACGAUCCCGCCGGAUUUCUUUGUGCUCUGUGUGUGUAGUGCUAUGGUCGUCAUUGCGAUCGACUAUGGUUUCGUCCUAUUAUAGUUGUAACAUGAUGAUGUAAUAUUAUAGUAGUAGGGAAAGAAGAAAGGAAAAAUGAGGAGAGUAAUACAAGUCAACACGAGUCUCGAUUAAGUUUUAAGCCCUUGAUGUUGUAAUAUUAUAGUAGUAGUUUUAGACCCCUUUGAUGAUGUUGUAACAUGAUGAUGUAAUAUUAUAGUAGUAGUUUUAGACCCCUUUGAUGAUGUUGUAACAGGAGUUACUUUAUGAUCGGUGUUCUUUAAUAUUCAGCAAGCACGAUUAUUUAUAUUCCAGAGUUUUUCUUUGAUGAUGAAGUGCAAGUGGCUACGUAGUUUAUUGAUGUCCUCGUCACUGAGUACCAUGCUCUUCUAAUGUACUUACCCUAAUAACGGCUCUCAAGAAACAGGUAUCACAAAUGAUCCCUUUUCAAAUCUGCUUCUACAAAAACUACAGGAAUCAAAUCCCUUCUUCCGCAACUGGUGCCUGUCCUGCUCGCAAAUAUGAAGUAUACCAAUACGGACUACUUGAACAUGUAUGAUCGAGACGAUGAUGGCGACGCCAAGGAUCACGCACAGGAUAUCCAGCCACGGUUUCAUGAUUAAGGCUCAACACAAUUCAUUUCCAAGGGACAUUUUCUUCAAUUUCCUUCUUCGGGCUUCUGCAGAAAUGCACGCAAGAAAUGAAUCCUUGUGAGCUCUAACAUGAGAGUCGAAACCAGCACGCAGACGACGAUGGAGACGAAAAGCCUGAGGCAGGGAACUCGUGGUUAUGAUUUUUGGUAGUGGAUAAUUUUUGUGCUGAUUAUAGAGUGAAGACUUCUUGAUCCUGGGGUUGAUAGAAGGAUAAAGGAAUAUACACUCAUCUCAUGUAGGGUCUAAACAAAUGUUCAAGAAAUUCGAUAGCUUAGAAAAGGCAAAUGGUAUGACUACCUUACAUCGAAGUCAAAAUUUACCUAUCGUCAAUGAAUCUCCGGCUUCCUCUCUUCAGCAUAAGCCCACGUGAAACCUUCCUCCCCUUCCUGCCCUUCCCUUCCCUGGAAUAGAAUACCCCGUCCUCUUCUAACUUUCGGCGCCGAAUGGACCGUUAGAAAAGCGGCCGCGAAUAGUUUAGACACCCUAGCAAACGCCUACCAGGAAGCAGUGAUGACCUUGGUGCUGCCGAUUAUAUCACAACAUCUCCAAAGCCCUGACUGGGAAGUCAUGGAGAGUGCGGUAAGGGAUUUUACUUAUUUUCAUUAUCUUCAGUAUCAGUUGUUACAAGCAGUCACUAGUCAGAUUCAGAAGAUGUUGUUUUAAAGAAUUUGAAUGCACGUGGACUUCUUCAGAAGCAAAAUAAAGCGUAGUACAUGACUUCCUCUUACGCAGACUCACAAUCGCACAAAUAAUGCUAAUUCUUCUAACUGACACUGACACUGACAGCUACUUUCCCACAUCAAGCAGGUUUUGGCUAUCGGCGCCAUCGGUCAUGGAUGCUACGAAAGGAUGCUUCCCCAUCUACCAGAAGUGAUAUCCCUCCUCGUAACCCGUACCUCUGUCCAUGAAAAACCGCUGCUGAGGAGUAUUUCCUGUUGGUGCUUGUCCCGCUAUGCCUACUGGAUCGUCGAGAGGAAUAACGUUCUGGUAGAGGUGCUCAAGGUGAUCCUGUUGUUAAGGCUAGUAUCGCUAAUAAAGCAUCCCCUCAACGCCAUGAUCCAUGGCUCUUCUUUUUCUCUUUGAAAAAGAAGCUCCUUCCUAGGAUACUGUCACUCUCAAAGAGGAGGAUGCAUAGGCGGUAGCUCUAAUGUUGCGUAUAAUAGAUCGAAGCAAGCGAGUGCAGGAGGCCGCUUGUAGUGCUUUUGCGAUUUUAUCCGAGACGCCGCCUCCAGGAAGUUUAGACCCCUUCAUCCCUGAUAUUGUUCGCACACUGGCACAAGCGUUUCAAACCUAUCAAGCGAAAAAUGUGUUCGGCUUAUACGACUGCACAUGUACUUACUACUACGAUAUGUUUCUCGCUCUUUUUCAUGAGGACUCAAACAAGAACCUUUCAAGAAGCUUUUUCUGGUGGCAACAUGAUCAAUUUGAGGGAAUCUAUCACUUACUGUAGUUAUUUUUUUUGGCAUUACAACUUACUACUACAUUCUUAUGUUUAUAUUUAUAUAUUCAUGAUAGUGACCCUUUUCUCUUUUAUAUCUUCCGCUGGUCUGUCUUUUUUCUAGUUAGGUCGGCUCCACCACAAAUAUAUAUUCAUUUUCAACAUCUUUCAAAAGUUCGAGUCUGACCACUAUCACAUUACAGCGGCGUUCGUGCGCAAUGUGCGGUGGGAAAUUAGGAGUGAAGGGAGUCUUGGAGUCCUCUUACCUCCUAUCAUGCGUAAAUUCGACGAAUUGCAGAAGGAUGACAAGAUCACGAUUGCGCUAUUCGAGUGCCUAAUGGCCUUGAUAGAAAAUUUGGGCAGCUUUUUCGAGCCUCUAGCAGGCAAAGUUAUCGAAAAAUGCGGAGUAAUCAUCCAGGAGACCAUACAACAAGAACAGUUGUUCUUGGAGAACCCCAACACAGCAGAACGACCGGAGAGGGAUAUUAUGGCGACGAGUACUUUUUAGAGGGUUUUUUCAUUUCUGAUAGUGCUGUUGUGUCAUGAAUGAUCAGUCAUGAUCAAAACUCAACUCAGCCACUGAUUCAAAAACCAGCACAUCAACCAUUCACUCUCACAUCAUUCAACAAUGAUCAACAAUGUGAUGCCUUGAAAUCCUCACAAAAAAACACAGCAAUCGACUUGCUCUCGAGUUUAGUAGACGGUUUCGGACGCGAUAUUGAGCCGAUCGUGAGGGAGAAGAAUUUUGUGAACGUUCUUCCAGCGAUUUUGUGCGCAAGGGACAACGAAGGCUAUCAUUUCGCGACACAGCAGUGUGCAUUCGCGCUCAUGGGAGAGUGCGCGAAAUUUUGCUUUCAGUACACGUUGUUUUGAUAUUUUCGUGUCGUUUUCAUUUCUAGAUCUAGUUUUUUAGAGGACUACCUCUAGUUCACAGCACUACCUCUAGUUUAGACCACCUCUAGUUUAUAGGUCCAAUUUAUCAUAAUUAUUAUGCUCAUCAUCUACCACUACAAGUAGAAACACGACACAAACAAUCCUCCUCAAGGUACCUCCGUCCAUUGCUUGGGCAACUUUUACCCGCUUGUGAGAAGAAUUUGUUGCAUGUAAAUCCUGCAGUGGCGAACAACGCUUCUUGGGCAAUAGGCGAAGUGACCACCGAAGUCGAUUCCGUGUCUAUGAAGCCACACGCAGUAGGCAUUUGCCGCGCUUUAGUGCGGAGUUUGCACUUGCAAGUCGAGCAAAACAUGGUGCAUGAUAGUGGUUACGGAAAUUUCAAUCCGUACCAAAUAAACACCUGUAUCACGCUUGGGCGGUUGGCGUGCAUCUCGCAAGAGGAAAUGCGACAAUCAUUUGCCGGAGGCCAGUUCGCGCAGCAGUGGUUGAUGUUAUGAGUGUAGGAAAUGCAUCUUCGCCAAAGAAGGCGUCUACUGAGAGCGAAGAAGACAUGUAGAAGGAAACAACGCUACCCAGAUCAUGUCUAGUCCUGAAUCUGAAAUGAUGCAUUUUUUUUCGCCUCUAAUCAUGACGAUGAAAGAUGCCCGAAAUGACCACGAGAAACAGCGAGCCUUUUUAGGUUUUUGUAACCUAAUAAAGCUCGAACCCGAAGCAUUACUGUCGACCCCGAAUCCGAACAAUCCGCAGCAACAGCCGGUUCAGCAUGUUUCCUUGACCUUAUUGCUGUACAACGUCGCUGCCUUCGACGGUAAAGAAGGGAAUCAAUUGCGUGCUCAGUUCAUGGAGAUUCUACAGGCCUACCGCGACAAGCUUGGACCAGCAUGGGAGAAUGUUUUCUUGCGCCUCUCGCCGCCAGACCUCGGGAACCGGCUGCGCACGCUCUACAACCUGUAAGGAUACGAGGAGAGCAUGAAUUAUUCCCUAGGAGGGACGCUCUACAUCUACCUGUAAGGAUACGAGGAGAGCAUGAAUUAUUCUCUAGGAGGGACGCUCUACAUCUACCUGUAAGGAUAGGAGGAGAGCAUGAAUUAUUCUCUAGGAGGGACCCUUCACAACCUGUAAAGAUACGAGAGGUUGCAGUACGUAGGGGUAGAACCACGAUGCUGUAUAACUUAUAAUGGGUGCAGCUGCUACUUGCGCUUGGAGAUGAUAGAUCCGAUAGAGAUGCGACAUUGUGCUUUCGACACGUUGACUCAUCGCAGGAGUUUCUCUAGUGGUCCUGCUACAACUACUCGCCGUCUAGAAGUCCCUUUAUCAUUACUCGUGCCUCUGGUGCUUUCUUCAUAAACGGCAGACUUCUUGACUGUCUCUCUCAUUUUCACCUUCCUUCUUUAUCAUGUGUCUAUAAUAUAGUCGCAGGAAAUAAGAAUAACCUCAGCGUCUCCACCACUUCCCACUAAGAGAUAAGGUAUCGUUGCUGUCGCGGUCAUCGCUAUGUAGUUGUAUACUUUCGCUCUCCCCUUACAUGAUCUGUAAUGAAUUAACUCAAAGAUCUUGCUCAGACUCAGUCUUUUUGUUGGCCUCUAAUUAAAAUGGAAGUUUAAAAUGGAAGUUACCCUUUAUUUACUUACUACCCUGUAAUAAGUUGUCCUAUUGAAAGUUGCUCUUCUUCAAGAACUAUGCGACCUGUACGGGAGCUCUUCUAUGUACUUACUUAUUUGCUACAUAGGAUAUUAGAGUAUCCCAUUAUAGUAGCCCUGUGUGUUACUUUUUCACGACCCGCUUAAACUACCUGUAAAUGUAGUUGUAAUUUUUUGUUGAUGUAGUUGACUAGGAUCAUUGAAUGUAGUAGUACCAAUAAAAGCGUCGAGCAAUCAUGUCGACUAUGCCUAGAUUAAUAUUUUGUUCUCGUUCAAUCAGAUACAGAUUGAAGAGUUUAUUUUUUAUUAUGUGUUUCCGACACCAAGACGAUUACCACCACCUUUAUAUUCUACAUACACACAAGCGAUGACGUUUUGAUUCGUCGAUCUGCUGUGUGGUCGUGAGAAGUUCUCGUGUCAGUCCUAUUGUUAUGGAUCGUGUUCCGGAGUAUAUUGAUCGUGUUCUUGCGUUGCAGGUGAAUGAAUGAAUGCAGGAAGGAAGGGAAGAAUGUUAGGUCGUGGAACCUGCAUCUACAACUUCCGAAAUCAAUGCUCCACCUGUUUCUUCAAGGGGUUCUUCAAAGUUCAAAUUUUGUCCUCAAGAAUCCAAGUCCUCCAUUUCUGCGUGUCAGUUUUCAGAAUUCAC